CCUGGUAUUGCACAAACACAUUUGAUGUUUGGUAAUGACAAACCAGAUUCUUCAAUUUGUCUGGAGAAGAUGCUUAAGGGUUACAAGCGUCGGGAGCUACUAAAGUUUUUUGCUUUUUACUUACAAUUUGUGAGUGUUGGAACUGCCUUGUGUAGUGAUAACAGUGCUAAUUAUACCGAAAAAAUGUCCGAGAAAUUGAUUAAUGUGCGUCGGAGCAGGCUUAUUAGCUUUAAUGAAGAAGGAGAUAUUCGUAUUGAACUCGACUUUAACGUUCCAUUUAUAACUCUGCCAAUAAAAAAAUCAAUGGAUAUGGCAAAGACUUCAAUGGUCAACUUAAAUGUAGGCGCGCUUGCCCUAACAGGAGUUAUACUUUUCGGAUCUGUGGUCGCUUUACCAAUCAUAUUAACACUUCUCAACAAAAAAGGAGCGAUUCCUGCAAAGAACCCAUUUACAAUGCUUUACAGUAAAAAUGAGAGACAACGAAGUGAAACUUCACACUUGUGGAAAUAUUUAACGGAAAUCGACAACUCACUCUUAGAAAACGAUAUAGACGUUACUUCUUGUUCGCAAAGAAUAACGUGUUGGACGGUAAAAAAAUCGUCGCAAAAAGUUGCUGAAGGCAGAGGUUCCAGUACCGAUAAAAUUUUCGAUGGCAUCGCAAGUAGCAACUGGUUCCAAACCAACUUGCUAAAUUCGGUAUUCAGAGAAGCCGUUCAAUAUGGAGUUGAAGGUAGAAACUGCACAUCUAUUUACAGAAAAUGUAAAAUUAACCAUGAUUCUAUGUAUUAUUUUGUUAAGUACUUUAUAGAUAAUUUAAAUAGCCGAUAAACGUGUAUGCAAAUGUAUUUAAUAAAAUGUUUGUAUGCUCUACUGAUUUAUUCAAUAUCGAUUGUUUUCUCAAAUUCAUUAGGAACAUUUUUCCAAAUAUUAUAAAUAUAAAAAAGAAUGCAGAAAUUACCACUUUCUUUCAUGUUUAAGCAUUAUGGAAUACU